CCUCAGAUGGGAAGACGGAUGCUCAGACAAGGCUUGCGAAUGCCCCGCAGCCAUCAUUUAACUGCGCUAUCAGAGCAGUUAAGGUUUGUCACCGGGUGCUCCCGGAUCGACUUGUUUGUCCCUAGUGAGACCCGGAGAAACUGCCCGCGCCGGGUUUCUCGAUAGCUGGAUGCAUGUCGUGCUCGGGGCAGCGCGGGCGCAGGGCACGCGUUCGCGCACACCCGCGCACACAAGAAAACGCGCAAGAGCUGAACCGGGCCUGUUUUCAUUUCAAAAGAGCAGACGGCCUCUGCUGCGAUUGUAGAAGAGACCGCUGUGUGAACUAGGGACUGGGAGGCGUCGAGCGGCGGAACGGUCCAUGUCAGAGACUAAUUUUCUGGAGUUUCUGCCCCUGCUCUGCGUCAGCCUUCACGUCACUUCGCCAGCAGUAGCAGAGGCGGCGGCGGCGGCGGCGGCUCCCGGAAUUGGGCUGGAGCAGGAGCCUCGGUCGCUCCUCCGCUCGCGCUCUCGGCGCUCAGUGCCCAGCGGCAGGAGGAGCCUGGAGCAGGCGCCGCCGGCGGGCGGGAGGCGCCGGAGCCCGGCCUCGAGGUACGUCCCGGAUCCCAGCGCGCGUGUGGCAGGGAGUCUGCGUCCGAGAGAGUCCCGGCAGCGCCGCCGGCCGGUGCCCGGCGCUCCGGGCCAUGCAGCGGCGGCCGCAGCGGAGCUCCGAGUGGCGGUAGCGCCCCCUGUGAGGCGGCGGGAGAUGCCCCGGCCACUGUGAACAGCCGCCCGCCAGGACACGCUCAGUCCGGGACACGCUUGGCUCUGCGCGCCCUCGACAAGCAUCGAGUAGGGCAAGCGGCGAGCGCAGCAAAGGCCGCCCAGCACGGGCCAGGGAGGCCAGCCGGGGCAGCGCGGUGCACGUACUCAGCCUGACUCCUGUUGGCGCUGGCGGCUAGGGAUGUCGUCCUGGACGAGGAGGCAUGGACCCGCCAUGGCCCUGCUCUGGGGUUUCUGCUGGUUGGUUGUAGGCUUCUGGAGGGCUGCUCUCGCCUGUCCCACGUCCUGCAAAUGCAGCGCCUCUCGGAUCUGGUGCAGCGACCCUUUUCCCGGCAUCGUGGCAUUUCCGAGAUUGGAGCCUAACAGUGCAGACCCUGAGAACAUCACCGAAAUUUACAUUGCAAAUCAGAAAAGGUUAGAAAUCAUCAAUGAAGAUGAUGUUGAAGCUUAUGCAGGACUGAAAAAUCUGACAAUUGUGGAUUCCGGAUUAAAAUUUGUGGCUCAUAAAGCAUUUCUGAAAAACAGCAAUUUACAGCACAUCAAUUUUACCCGAAACAAACUGACGAGUUUGUCUAGGAAACAUUUCCGUCACCUUGACUUAUCUGAGCUGAUCCUGGUGGGCAAUCCAUUUACGUGCUCCUGUGACGUUAUGUGGAUCAAGACUCUUCAGGAGAUUAAGUCCAGUCCAGAAACUCAGGAUUUGUACUGCCUAAAUGAAAGCAGCAAGAAUAUUCCCAUGGCAAACCUGCAGAUACCCAAUUGUGGUCUGCCAUCAGCAAAUUUGGCUGCACCGAACCUCACUGUGGAGGAAGGAAAGUCUAUCACAUUAUCUUGCCUUGUUGUGGGUGAUCCAGUUCCGAAUUUGUACUGGGAUGUUGGUAAUCUGGUUUCCAAACAUAUGAAUGAAACAAGCCACACACAGGGCUCCUUAAGGAUAACUAACAUUUCAUCUGAUGACAGUGGAAAGCAAAUCUCUUGUGUGGCAGAAAAUCUUGUAGGAGAAGAUCAAGAUUCUGUCAACCUCACUGUACAUUUUGCUCCAACUAUCACAUUUCUCGAAUCUCCAACCUCAGACCACCACUGGUGCAUUCCAUUCACUGUGAAAGGCAACCCCAAACCAGCGCUUCAGUGGUUCUAUAAUGGGGCAAUAUUGAAUGAGUCCAAAUACAUCUGUACUAAAAUCCAUGUCACCAAUCAUACGGAAUACCACGGCUGCCUCCAGCUGGAUAACCCCACCCACAUGAACAAUGGGGACUACAAGUUAGUAGCCAAGAAUGAGUAUGGGAAGGAUGAGAAACAGAUUUCUGCUCACUUCAUGGGCUGGCCUGGAAUCGAUGACGGUGCAAACCCAAAUUAUCCUGAUGUAAUUUAUGAAGAUUAUGGGACUGCAGCGAAUGACAUCGGAGACACCACCAACAGAAGUAACGAGAUCCCUGCCACAGAUGUUGCUGACAAAACCGGUCGGGAACAUCUCUCGGUAUACGCUGUCGUUGUGAUUGCCUCUGUGGUGGGAUUCUGUCUGCUGGUAAUGCUGUUUCUGCUGAAGUUGGCAAGACACUCCAAGUUUGGCAUGAAAGAUUUCUCAUGGUUUGGAUUUGGGAAAGUAAAAUCAAGACAAGGUGUUGGCCCAGCUUCAGUUAUCAGCAAUGAUGAUGACUCUGCCAGCCCACUCCACCAUAUCUCCAAUGGGAGUAACACCCCAUCAUCUUCAGAGGGGGGCCCCGAUGCCGUCAUUAUUGGAAUGACCAAGAUCCCUGUCAUUGAAAAUCCCCAGUACUUUGGCAUCACCAACAGUCAGCUCAAGCCAGACACAUGGCCCAGAGGUUCCCCCAAGACCGCCUGAUAAUAAUUUGGUAUUUGGAGGCUCCUGUGUCACUGCAGGAACUAAAGGAGGCUAAAUCCAUGCCUGAUGGAGGAGAAGAGUUCUAUGGUUAUCUGAAAAUUCUGGCCAGACAACAUCUUGACGUCACUCCUUAGCUUCCAUAACCUAGCCAAGCAAGAAGGUGCCUUCCAAAGAGAAAGCAGAGUGCUCUAUGACUAAGCCUUAAAGUGCAGUGCCACUUUAACUAUAGACCCAUCUCCUCGAUCAAUCAGCAUGGCAAGAUGGAGCUGAGGAGCUCAGCAACAUCAAGGCUGGAGGUGGUCUUUAAUUCAUCUAGUCUGUGUAGCGUGCCUGAAAACCACGUCAUCUGAGACAGCACGGGGUGGUUUCCCAUUAGGAUUUACAAAUUUGGCUCAAGGGCAGCUGCACUGCUAUCCUUGCCUUGACUGCUGAGAACAUUUUUUGACAGGGUACAAUGGAAACAUACCUUCUCAGCUGAAAAAAAAAAGAAAGACAGAAAGACAGAAACACUAACCAGCAAAAUCCCCGAAUCAUCAAUCUUGGGUUCUCUUGAAGGGUGGGAAUGCAUUAUAGCCUCCCCUGCAGAUGUCACAGAUGUAUUGUUAUCUCUUGCCUCUUUCCUAGAGCAGCCUUGUAAAUUCACUCGGGUCUUAAGCGUAGGGCCUAAAUUAAAUUGGACUUGUUGCUCAAUAUGAGCUUCAGGUGUUUGUCCUUGCAGCUCAUGCCUUCUGUGUUUACCUACGGCUAGUAACUCCCUGGGGCAGAUGCAUAUAAAGAAUUCUGAUGUGUUUUCCAUUUUGAUUCCAUUUCCAGUGACCUGGAUAUUUACUGACUUCCUGCAGAGUGUGCCAUACCUCCCCUGCUGUUAGAGUUCACACGUGUGUAUUUUCCCACUGGUUACAUGCUUAUUAGGCAAUUAGGUAGAUAAGCACAGAUUCAUAGACCAGCUAUAUGUAAUGAAGAGGGGAGACAUUUUAACUAUAGUUGGAAAGAUCACUGGGGCAUCCCUUCUGUUUCCCUUAACUGCCAUACCACACCACUCAUUGUGUUGCCAACAAGGGGAGGAACAGAGGCAAUAUUUUUCACAGAACAGCAGGGGGUUUUGAACAUAUUUGCAAUGUUACUUUGAACACAUGAACAAACAUUUUGAAUUGCAUUCAGGACCCUGGGAGCUCAUUAGAUCAGAAGAUGAGGGCCCUGAGAGUUACCCGAGUUAAUCUUCAAACUGUAGCUCAGCCUCUGCCUAUGGUCCAUUUUGAUGGUCCAGGGACACAAUUUACAAACAGCUAGAAACAAUUGCUUUAGCAAUUUCCUCUCUCCUUUGCCUAUUAAUUUUGUCUUUCAAAAGUAUAUUAUUUUCUUCUAAGUAUUUAAUUGGCCAAAUAAUAGCUGCUUUGGGAACUGUUAAUGUCCCUUUGAAGGCUAUGGCCUGUACUUUAAAAAUAAGCUAAGUCCAUUCCAUCCAGCAUGAAGGUUAGGACAAAGAGAAUGCAGUCAUUUCAGGAUCCUUAGCAAUUGCUUCAUUUAUGGCACACUGGUUGACAAGCUGUCCCAUGGGGUCUUCAUGGCACAUUGCUGGAAUUCUGUAGGUCCCACUGUUUCUCCCUCUUGGUGCCAUAGUCCCCCAUUGCUAGCUAUGACAGCUUGAUAUUAUGGUCUCUUCUAAACUCCAGAGGAGAUGGUAAGAAGCUCUCAAAUAAUGCUUCAAAAAGCAACCUGAGUCCCCAUGAAAUGAAUAUAUGCUGCAUAAUUACAUGUGAAAUGUAAGCCACUGAAAUGAAUGAUUGUUAGCAAACCAGUUUCAAACACAUUUACAACUGGGUAAAAUAAGAGCCAUCACUUUAUAAGCAUUGGACCACUGGGUGAUAUUACUUCAUCAAAACAGAAAUACCACCCAAAUACAGGAUACCUAGACCUCCUAGAGAAACCACUCCAAUCCCACAUUUAACAGCUGAAAAGGAAAAAUGAUUAUGAAUUAGUUUGGGGAGACACUUAGUGAUAUUCUGAGAACUGACUCUGCUUCCUCAUCAUUGGCCAACCAAGGUGGAAUUAUGCAUCCCCCACACAGACAUUUCAGUCCAAUUUCACCAAAUCAUCAGUGUUGUGCUAGAAGCAUGUGAGCAGAUGCAGGAUCCUAAUGUAUUCAUUCUGAGCAUUUCCCAAGGCCCAGCCUGACUGCAGUGUGGGUACCUGCAGGAUGAACCUAAUCAAGCUGCACCCCCAUUUUCAUUUCUACUUGGUCACCCUUGCGCAUGCCAGCAGAUUGCUGACUAGGACCAGCUCAGCAACACAAAUGCAGAGGAGCCUCUUAUGUUGCUGAGAAGGUCCAGAUGCUUUGAGUGAUUGAGAGCUCUCUACGGUUAAGUAGGGAUGGUAGGAUGGGAGUUUUCUUGGAUAUGACACUCAAAGCUUUAUGGCAGCUAUUGUAACAGAGAGCAGGUUUUUCCUUGUGAAGUGCAGGCUUUCUCUGUCUUUGCCAAUUCUGCCAGCUUGAGAGUAACCCACCAUGGUCAGCCUUCUUAGGUUAGUGAUCAUGCCAGCUCUCCGGGUAAAGGGCAGGCCUGGUGCCCUUUGUACUCAUUGAUGUUGCGGUCCUUUGUUUGAGAGGUCCUUCUCUUGGUGGUUGUCACUUCUUGUGAAAGGCAGGUAAGAUGAAUUUGCUCCAUUUCAUGGACAGAAAAGGAUUAGUGAAAGAACUACUUCUUACUACUCAACCCGGUAGCCAAGUACAAAGGCAAUCUUGUUCAGGCUCAGUUGCUAGGUGGGAUUCCCAGAUUCAUGCUGCCCUCCCUCAGCUGGACCCUUUGCUGUGAAUGCUGUGUGUUUCUGAAUGCUUGACCUCUCUGAGGGAGGAGAAGAUCAGAAGGCAGUACUUGUGGCCUAAAGGAAAAGGGAAUGUCAGUAUUACAGUGAGCACCAGGACUGAGCAGGGUCCUAGGAUACAAAACUUUGAGAUUGGAAACCAAGACAGUCCUAGGCAAACCGCAGGGUGUUGGUCACCCUGGUUGAUUUAGGCCUGGUGGUUUCUGAAUAAGGCAGAAUUAAGUUGUAACUGCCCAAAAUGCCUUUCAGUGUCCUAAAAUAAGAUAGUUCAAAGUGAAAAUAAAUAAUAUAGGUUGUAAAAAGGAAUUUGAAAAACACAAGAAGCAAAAAUGAAAUAAAAAAACACUUGUAAUUCCAAGUUAGAGUCAACCACUGAUAUCAUUUGAAUAUAUGUGACUUUUUAGUCUUGUGAAUGUCUUCUUACUCUCCUGUGAUAUAAAGUCUAACUGUUUUUGUCCUUUUGCCUCUAUUUGUGCUGGGCUUUGUUCAUAUUCCUAUAGUAUGAUUUACCUCGGCUGGACUGGGCAGGCUGGGUAGGAAGCAUGCUAGAUGAGUUACUGCCAGUUUCAGAUUUCAGAUUUGUUUGGUGGUGUACAGGGGUAAGACAGCGGGGGUGUCAAACAUGGCCAGCCACAUCAGGUCUGGGCUAGAGGGAUCCUAAUCCAGAGGAGCUCAUCUCUCCCAUGGUGAGCGUCAUAGGGGAGAUGAGACCUGCGUUGGGAGCCUGGAAGACUCAAUAAAUAAGAGUCUCCUUGUUCUCACAAGGCAGGCUGAGAGCUCUGGUUCGGGGAAACACUCCUGAUGGCCCCAAAUGUAGUUUAUUACUCACCUGAAGCAGUAGAUGACUUUCUGUCUUCCAGUUCUCCACCCUCGCCAGCUAGCUCCCUUCAGGUUGCUGAGUGUGCUGGAUCUUAAAGGGCCAGACUGCUCACAUCUGAUAUGUUUUCCACACUUAGGGCUGCCUUCAUCCAGGAUCCCUGGGCUGUGCAAGGACCUCUGUUGAAUGGGAAUCUCCCUUUAGUCAUUCAGCCAUGCCCAACAAACUUGAUGAAGUUGGCUGUCCCACACUUUCCAGACUUCCAUCAUGAAAGACUUCCUCUUCUGAUGUCUCAGACAUCUAGGCCUAGACUAGGACCUCCAUCAAUAGUAUGAUAUAUAAAAAUAUGUUAGUGUUGGUAUGUUGCACAGUAAUAUUAGGGUUGACAGAUUCUAAAAAUGAGUUCAGAACAGAUAGAUUCCUAUGAUCUAUGAGAUUAGAUUUGUGUGAUUUUGAACCAAAGAGAGGAGGAUAGAUUUCUAGAAAGAAAACAGUAAUCUAAUGCCUAGUGUCUAUAUUAUUCUUAUCAGUUACUGUAUAUGUUAUAAAUAUGGGUAGACAUCAAUAUCUUUUUAUUCUGUUGCUGUUGUUUAGCACAUUUAUUUAGCCAUGCCAUUGACCUUCUGGGUGUAUUAUAGUGGAAUCCAAGCUCAUUAUUAGAUAAUGAUGGCAUUUAGACUGAGUGCCAUAUUCCCAGUGUUCCAAUAAAUGGUUGAUAUAGAGCAGACAGGAUAAAAUCCUACAUUAUCUAAUUAUUCCCAAAGAGCUAGUCUCUAUGUUAGAGAAAAUAUCUUUACUAGUGAAGAUUACAUGAUAUGUCUGCUUGUUGAAAUAAGCAGAGAUGGCACCACUGAGAAGCCACCUGGGUUGAUUUCUUGCAAGGAUGAUGGAUUUUCAAAUCUACUUAUACUCUCAUGCCCAAUACUCAUCCCCACCCUUGCUCCUGAAGAGUUAACUUUUCGCAAUUAAGUCAAUCUUCAAUCUCUUGCCAAAAAAUAGAGAAAUUAGCUGGUUACCCAGAGACAGAACUCAUAUUCUUACCUCCUACUUACAGAGCACCCUGUACAGCUGGUCUACCUAGUCUCAUGUUGCCUCUGUCCUGGCUUUACUUCUGAGUCAUAAAUAUAAAUUCCUUUGCCAAUCUCAUUCUGCCAUUCUCCCUCAUUUCCUCUCUGCAAGAUCUGAAAUAGUCCCAUUCCUUCCUAGUUCCUAGUUCUAUCAGCCACUUCCUGAUACUCCAGAAGGCAUCACAGAUCUGUAUCGCCACUUGAGCCUUACUUAGGGCUAUUUCUUUCCCUGUGCUGUCACUUUUUGGGUGUUUGCCUCUCAAGAGCUUCUGUUUUGAGUUGAUCAUAAAAUUCCUCUGUUUACAUAUAAGGAUUUAGUUUUCCUUACACCCUACCUCGACUUUCACCAGCAUUGGUUUUGGAAGUGGAAGGCACUCAUUUUAUUAGAAGAUACUGGUGAGGGCUGGUUCUGUCUUACAUUCCUGAGCCCCUGGGCUUUGGGCAGGGCACUGAUGGCCCAGGACCAAAGGGAGUAAGAUUGUCACUCACUUCGGAAAUCAUGCUUCUCCUGUGGGCUUGUGUUAACUCUCUGCUGUUUCCUACACUUUAUACCCUGAGGUUUUUGAUUGAAGUGGACCUUAGCCAGAUUUGGGUCUAAGAGCUGAUACACGGGAAUGGUCUUUUUGAAGAGAUCUGAGUUACUGAGGACCAAGCUUCUGUGUGUGGGCAGAGCUAUGGGGAAGAGGGUAGUUGGGGUGGAUGAAUUCAUGUAGUCCCCAUGCUUUCGUAUGCCCACUUUUGGAAAGCGGGGACCUGUGUGGGUGGAUGUGGAUCAUGCUCCUCAAGGAGACCCUCCUGCCAAUGGGCCCCAAGCCCGAGUCACACAGUGACCCUUCUCUGAGGUCUCCUGCUUCCCCACCACAGGCAAUGAGCCUCUCACAGCUGGGCACCAGCUUUCCUGCUGGUUUCAGUAGAUUCACCCAUGAUCUGGGGUAAGGAUGACCUGGGGGCUGGGGGAUUCUUUGUCGAUGGCUAUACGCUGCUUCACUUUCUUUCCCUCUCUCAUAUUUGGUGCAAGAGAGAGGCCUCGAAUAUGACUUGCAUUCUUUUACUAUGUUCAGAAACUCUAGGGCUUGUUCACACACAUAUGUAUGAGUGAUUAAUGGAGCUUUAAAUUCUUUAUUAUAUAGACAUGUACUUGGAAAUGAGAUCUGUUGUACUGGAAUUUGUGAUGUAGCUGAUCAUUCAGAGUCAAACACACACCAAUAAA